AUGAAACCCUUCUUCCUACUCCUCAUCCUCCACAUCCUAAUCGGCUCCGCCGUCGGCAUCCCUCUCGGCUCCACGCUCUCCGCCGCCGACCCCAGCUCCAGCUGGCGCUCGCCCAACGGCACCUUCUCCCUCUCCUUCGUUCCCACUCCCGCCGGAACCCUAAUCGCCGCCGUGACCCACAACGGCGUCCCCGUCUGGCAGGCCGGCCCCCCCGCCAACUCCUCCGCCGUCCUCCGCCUCCUCCACUCCGGCGACCUCCAGCUCCUCUCCUCCCCCACCGCCUUCGCCCCCCUCUGGUCCUCCGCCACCGCCGAUCUCGGCGUCUCCGCCGCCUCCCUCGACGAAUCCGGCAACCUCGUGCUCACGAACUCCUCCGGCGGCGCCGUCUGGUCGAGCUUCGACCACCCGACCGACACCAUCGUCCCCGGCCAGCCCCUGCGCGUAAACCACACGCUCUCCUCCGGUCUCUACUCCUUCAGGCUCCAGACCAACGGCAACCUCACACUCCUAUGGAACAACACCAUCGUUUAUUACAACUCAGGUCUGAACUCCACCUCAAACUCCAAUCUAACAAACCCAGUCCUUGAAAUUCAAUCCACCGGAAUUGUCACUCUCUCCGAUCCCACCCUCUCGAGCCCUCGAUUCUUGGCGUACAGCAGCGAUUACGCCGAGGAAGGCGAAAUCUUGAGAUUCCUUAAACUAGACAACGAUGGGAAUUUAAGGAUUUACAGCUCAGCCAAAGAUAGUUCGACCGUAAAUGUCAGAUGGGCCGCCGUAGGCGAUCAAUGUCAGGUCUACGGCUAUUGUGGGAACAUGGGAAUUUGCAGCUACAAUGAAACGAACCCGAGUUGCGAAUGCCCUUCUCAAAAUUUUGACUUUAUCGACCCUCACGACACCCGAAAGGGGUGCAAGAGAAAAAUCGAGCUUCGAGACUGUCCCGGCCGAGAGGCCAUGCUUCAGCUCGAUCAUUCUCAGUUCAUGACUUUCCCGCCAGAGCUAUCCUCCCAAAGAUUCUACGUGGGCAUCACAGCUUGUCGGCUGAACUGUCUCAUGGGCUCCGCCUGCACGGCCUCGACUUCUUUAUCCGAUGGGUCAGGCGAAUGCUACCUAAAGCUAACAAAUUUUGUGAGCGGCUUUCGUUCGCCGGCCAUUCCAAGCACCUCGUUUGUGAAAGUCUGUCAGCCUGUUUUGCUGCCCGACCCUUCUCAAUCGUCAUCUGAUGACCAGACGAAAAAUUGGAGAAUAAGUGCUUGGCUAGUUAUUGUGGUGAUUCUUGCCACGAUAAUCGGGCUAGCAGCUCUCGAGGGCGGGCUUUGGUAUUGGUGCUGCCGGAAUAGCUCGAAAUUCGGUGGGCUCUCAGCCCAAUACGCGCUUCUCGAGUACGCAUCAGGUGCGCCUGUCCAAUUCUCUUACAACGAGCUUCGCAAGGCAACGAAAAAGUUCAAGGAGAAGCUCGGUUCUGGCGGAUUCGGAGCCGUGUACAAAGGAGUACUCGCGAAUCGGACAAUAGCAGCCGUGAAGCAGUUAGAAGGGAUCGAGCAGGGCGAAAAACAGUUUCGAAUGGAAGUUGCCACUAUUAGUAGUACACAUCACUUGAAUCUCGUUAGGCUAAUCGGUUUUUGCUCCGAAGGCCGGCACAGACUUUUAGUUUACGAGUUCAUGAAAAACGGGUCGCUCGAUAGCUUCCUCUUCGAGCCGGGAAAGAUUCUAAAUUGGGAGGCUCGUUUUAGCAUUGCGCUCGGCACUGCAAGAGGGAUAACGUAUUUGCACGAGGAGUGUCGGGAUUGUAUCGUGCAUUGUGAUAUUAAGCCCGAAAACAUACUUCUCGACGAGAAUUGCCAUGCGAAGGUCUCGGAUUUUGGGCUCGCGAAGCUUGUUAACCCGAGAGAUCAUCGAAACCGAACUUUGACGAGCGUUCGUGGGACGAGAGGUUACUUAGCUCCCGAGUGGCUUGCGAAUUUACCGAUAACGUCUAAAUCGGAUGUUUUCAGUUAUGGUAUGGUGUUGCUUGAGAUCGUGAGCGGGCGGAGGAAUUUCGAGGUCUCGUCUGAGACGGGCCACCGGAAGUUCUCGUCUUGGGCGUAUGAGGAGUUCGAGAAGGGGAAUUUGGAGGGCAUUUUGGACAAAAGGCUGGAGAUUGAUGAGGUGGACUUGGAGCAGGCGAAGAGGGCUGUUCAGGUGAGCUUCUGGUGCAUACAGGAGCAGCCAUCGCAGAGGCCACCCAUGGGGAAAGUGGUGCAAAUGCUGGAGGGCAUUUUGGUAAUUGAACGUCCUCCGGCUCUGAGGAGCGUUGUAGCUGUGGUGGAGGGGUCCGCGGGAGAGACGAGCACGGCGCCGAGCAGCGUUUUCUCGACUGGCGUGGCGGUGGGGUCCGCUUCAUCGUCAAUGCACACGGUGAAGUGA